AACACAACUGUAGUAGAAGUGUUACUGGAUAAACACAUUUGUAGUAGAAUUGUUACUGGAUAAACACAACUGUAGUAGAAUAACAAUUUACUAACAACCAAAACUUGACUAAUGUAAAUGUAAUAUAUUUAACUUUUGACAAACAUAUUCAUAACUGAAUAUACACAAAAGCCUAAUGUAAUUGAAAAUUGCUUAGAUAUUCAAUGUAUUAAUUGAUACAUAAAAGAGACCUCGCAAUAUUUAAGAGUUUAGAGUUUAGAUGUCCAUUUUCAGUGUGAGCUUUUUUUUUUAGCAUAAUCAACAGCUACUAAGUAUACAACAUCAUCCCUAUUAACUUCAUCAUUUUUAAUUUGAUCAUAGCUGUGUAAUAAUGUAAGCCUUACUAAAAUUAGUUUUUAAAAUAAUCAAAUAUCAAUGCUUAUAGCACAGUAGCAGAUAUCAUGCCCAGAUAAGACACUACUUAUUGAAGAAUUGCUGAUCUUUUAAACACAGAUUAUGUAACAGCCUUCACUACAGACUGCAUUAAUUGAUGAAAAAAAAUUCCUUAUGAAGAAUGUUUAUCGGAAUUUUCGGCACUAGUCAGAAAUGAAUAUUGAACGAGCAACCUCAUUGGAUGACUGGGUGUGGGUCAAGGACAAAGCUUUCUUGGUGGAAGAGGGAAGCUCAGUCCCCGUUUUCAUGGUGGAGUGGAAUAGCGUAGACAAUGUAUUUGCAGUGACUAGUCGCUACCACAGCAGGGUGGCCAGAGAUGAACAAGAUAAAUCAGAGACUGGAGUUUUCAGCAUCCCUGCUUUACACAGCAUCCACCAGACUUUGGUUGCUAUCAACCCUAAUGCUCCCAAGUUGCCAAAUAAGCUUCCCAAAGAGCCAAAAGGUCUCAAGGCUGUGUUUGUUGGGCUUCAGAUCCCUAAAGACAUGAGCAGUGUAUGUAAAGAUCUGGAAGCUUAUUUCACCUCUGCUGCUGAGAAAUUUGGGGGACAAGUUUUGUCUCAGGUGUUGUUUGAGGCUUCUGCCCAUACGGUGGAUAACUUUUAUGAAAAGAUGUCUGAAGUUUACAAGUAUGGUCUGGAGCAGAAAAUAAAAAUAGCAGAGGAAGAGUUGAAGAAUCUGGCAUUUGAAAGGGACAACUGCACCGUGAUGAAAGAUCUGGAAGAUGUUUACGCACGAGAAGAUGAGGCAGUUACAAAACUUGUGUCAGCUCUGGCAGAUUUCUACAACUACGAACUUCAGCCAUACUUAGACAGCCAUUGUUUGGCAACAAAAGAGAUUCAGCAUUUUAGUCAACAAAUCCAGAACCCUGACCUGGGAGAGAGAGUCAAAGCUGAAGCCACAGAAAAACAAUUGUACUGGGCGUGUUUGCUGUUUGAUGCUAAUGAUGUCAUCGCCCGGCUCUAUAUUGAACACCAGUCUAUACUUGUCUCUAUAUUUGAAGACUUACUGGAAGAAAUGAAUAAAGAUAAAAACAGAUAUGGAUCUGGGGCUUUUGAUUUGGUUGCUGCCAACAGAGAACUGUGCUUGCAUAAAGAUCUUCAUGCAGCCAAAGUUCAGCUUCUUUUAAGCAAGAGAAAACAACUCAGGCAGGAAAAAGAUAAAGUCACUAUGCAGAUUCCUGAAGGUGCUCAACCUGAUCAAGUGAAGCAGCAGUCACUGUCUGAUGGAUCGCUAAUUCACAACCUAGUCACAAAGAAAAAUAACUUACAGGAGAAAAUAUACAACCUUGAACAUGACAUACUUGCAGAGAAAAAAAAAUUAGUCAACGUCAAAUUAGAGAUCAGGAAACGGGAAAUAGCAGAUGUGGAGGAUGAGAAAGUUGUCUUUUAUGAUGCUGUGGAAGAUGUUGAUGAACUCUCUGAAAAUGAAGAUGCAGAAAAUAGUGCCAAGGUUGAUGGUGAAAUGAAGAAACUAAAAGAUGAAAAAAUUAAGAUCAACCAGCAUCAGGCAAAGAUUCGAGCAAAGAAGGAACUCUUCCUAAAAUCUAUUCGCUCACAGCAAAAUAAAGCAGAUGAAGAGGAAAAGAAGAUGAUUCGUCAUCACCAAAUUCAAAAGAAAAGAGAACAACAGAAAGAAGAGGAACGGCAACUAUCUGGUUUUGUCUUUGAGGAGCGCAAGAAAACAAUUGAUCGCUUAAAGGAAUAUAAAAUGAAAUAUGUCAGUCCAGCUACAAUAAAGCCACCAAGAUCUCAGAAACCAGAGCGGCAAAAAAAAAAUGCAACUACACCAAACAUAGCAAAAGCAAAUCAAAGACAAGCUCAGAACCUUCCGAAGCCAUGGAAACAAACAAAGAAACAUUCAGCAGAAGUGAAGGAUAUUCCAGUUUUUAUUCAUACAGGACCGUCUGGAAUGUCAGAGAAAGGAGAUGCUCCAGGUGCAACUACUGGACCAGUUGCACCCAUAACACAAGCCCCUCCUCCACCUCCCCCACCCCCUCCUCCCCCACCACCCCCACCUGUGCCCUGUCUGCCUCCUCCUGUUCAUAAAUCAACCGGCGUUAGUGAUAUUGGUCAAGGCUUGAGUAAACUAAAAAAAACAGAUCCUUCAGAAGGAUCAUCUAAAGCCCAGAGGAUAGACCUCCAGUGUAUACUAGAUUCAAGAUCCAGAUUAAAACCUGCAACAGAUCGGCAUAACAAACAAGCACCAGAAACCAACUCAGAUCCUUUGUCAGAUAUUUUUAGCAUGAUCCGCUCUGGUGUUACAUUAAGAAAAGUUGAGGACAGUCCGGAUUCAGAAGCUAUGACAGCAUUGUCACCAUCUCAGCAGGGUCAAGAUGCCAGAAGUCAACUCCACACAACUUUGUUGAAUAAAAUAUGCCACGGUGUAAGAGGAUCUUCCCCAGAAUCUGAUGAUGAAUGUCAGAGCGACAAUGACGAUUUUGAUGAUUAGCUAUAAAGAAUAUUACAAGAUUUACUUGUGUAAUUCGCCACCUUUUCUCCUUGUGAAAAACAUGACACCAUCUAAAGUAUUAACACCAUGUAAUCAGAUAAUUAUUUGUAAAUUAACCGUUGUUCAUGUAUACUCAAAGUAGUCAUAAUUUAAAGUGAACACCAUGUAGCCAUAUAGAGAAAUUUAUGUUCAAGUCUGAAGCUUUAUUGUAAAUUGUCAUGUUGAGCAGUUAGUUAUUGAUAUUUAAAUUCCAAUGUACCUGUAUUAAUUGAAGUAUAGCUCUUAAUUGUAGAUAUAUAUUCUGUUGAAAAUUUUUAACUCUAGAUAUCAGGCAUUGUAUAACUUGAAUGAGCUACUUCAGAUAAUGAGCUUGUUAAAGAUUAGAAUCCACCCAUAAAAAAAAAAACUUUCUACAGAAAAAUGUUCACCCCCAUCAAUCCUCUGAAAGUGAUUAGCCCAUAAGUUUACCCAAUUUUGACAUUAAAAAGUAAUGUGUGAUUAUUCUAAAUAAAAAUUUCAACUAGGCAGUCCUUUGUUUACCAGUAGACUGAAUACACUUGCAAUAACUUAGUAUUUAUUAAAAUAAAUGCUUGACUUCUGUAAGAGAUUUCCUAACUUAUUUAUUAAAAAAAUGUCUUUGAAGUAAAAAAAUAGUUUUUUUGUAUUCCCUAAUAUGAUUGGUCUGGUGAUUUAUAAAUAAAAGCCACAUAUGAAACU